AGUCGUUGAUAAUUUCUAAGAAGAAUUUUAAUAGAUAUUAAAUGGAGAUUAAACUCACGAGGAGUAACAUGAUUAAACAUUGCUUCAUUAAAUAUUGCAGAGCGAGGAGACAUUAGCAUGAAAUCAAAAUUUCCAGAUUUCGCAUGACUGUGAGAACCCUGUAAAACAAACAAAAUUUGUCGAAUCAUUACGUAUAUAUUUUAUUACAUUUAAAAACGACAUUUAGCUUAAUAUUGUAUAGUUUUACCAUUUAAUUAAAUCAGCAUAUUUGUUGACAUUAUUUAUACGUUUAAUUAUUUAUAUUUUUUUUAUAUGCUCCAUCUUUCUUCUAUUAACCAAAAAUAAAAGACUUUUAUUCUGUCUUGCGCAUGCGCGUGAAUAAGAGCGUCUUAGAGUAAUGGCUUUAGAAUCGGCGACCUCUAACGGCACAACUGGUGAAAACCACCCAGAAGAAAAAGACGAGUGGAAAGAAGGAUGGUUAUUUAAGAAAACGCACUACACCAGGCGAUGGAAAUUGGUGUGGUGUCAUAUCAGAGAUGGGCAGCUUAUCUAUGGUUUUAAUGAAAAGUCAGCAGAAAAGGCCAUUAAUCUGGUUGGAGCAAAGGUGGAGUUGCUGGAGGGUGAUGAUGGGACAUUUGGCUGGACAAUCACAACUAAGGACAGCAAACGGACCUUCAUGCUGCGGGCCAACAGUGCAGAAGAGCAGUGGGCGUGUAUGACUGCCAUAUGUGAGGCACAGCUGAGUUCAGAACAGCACUGCUCCAAUGCAUGUGUUGUGCAAUAGACCGAUGUGAAGGACACACACUCUUUAUUUUUAAACAAGUGAAACAUGUUUUAUAUGAUAAGAUAUUUUUGAGAUUUUUUUCUUCAGUAGUUUGUUUCUUCAUUUUGUUUUUGAAAAUGACCAAAAGCCAAAUUGAAUAUGCUUUAUAUGCUACCGCAUGUGUUUUAAUAAAGCACAUUGCUAGUUUUCAGCGAUUACCAUAAAUACAUACAGCUGAACUGUCAAAUGUUCAUGUUGAGUCAGAGUUAUUAACUAAAACUAAAACCAUAAAAAACAUCUUUAGUACUUGAAAUAAAAUAAACAUUAACUGAAAUAAAAUAUAAAAGAAACUUAAACGUAUUUUAUUUCAACAUUUCUCCUUUUCGUUUAAAGUUGAAGUAGCUAGCUACUAAAAUAACUAAAACUAAAUAAAGUAUAAAAACCUGCUUUUAUUGCAUGCAGUUGCAUAUAGGCAGAAUGAGAACUUACAUUAGAUCUGUAGCAAAAUUUGAAUAGGCCUACCGUAAUAAAUGUACUGUAAAAUAAUUUUUGAUAUUGUUAUGAAACAAAAAAUGCAUCGGAAAAAAUAGAAAGAUGAGGUGGUGAUUGAUCAGAGGCAGGUUUUCCAUUUGUACUUUUAAAUAUUGGCCAGUAGAGGGCGGUGCGUAUUAGAAAAUAAAUGACAUUCACAAGUGCUGUUGAGGCAAUAUAAUUUUUUUAUAUAUACAUUUUAAUAUAAUAUAAUAUUUUAUAUAAAUAAAAAUACAUUUUAAAAGAUUUUUUUUAUUUAUUUUUAUAUUUUAUAAUAUAUAUUUAUAUAAUAUAUAUAUAUAUAUAUAAUAUAUAUUUAUUUAUAUUUUAUGUAUUGUGUUUUUAGAAUUUAUUGUAAGCGUUUUAUAUAUGCAAAACAUUGAUGUUGAUAAUAAUAAUAAUAAUAACAAUAAUAAUGUUUUAAAUCAUCGUAUUGGAAUUAUUUCUGAAGGAUCAUGUGACACUGAAGACUGGAGUAGCUAAUGAUGCUGACAGUUCAUCUUUGAUUACAGGAAUAAAAUACAUUUUAAUAUACGCUUUAUUAAAAUAGAACACUUUUUUUGUAAUAAUAUUUAUUACGGUUUUCACUGUAUUUUUUUCACAUUACUGUUUUCAAUGUAUUUUUGAUCAAAUAAAUGCAGCCUUGAUGAGCACAAGAGAAAACAUCUUACCGAACCUAAGUGCCAUAUGUCGUGUUUUGAGAAAUAACAGGCUUCUAAAUUGACCUCAGAUGUUUGGGAAUAAAGUUUCCUCACAUGAAAUGUCGAGUCAUGUGUUUGAC